AUGGCGACAAGCGGAGAGAACCGCGCGGCAAUCAUUGCCUCGCUGUGCAUGGGCCGGCACGUGCUCCCCUAUCGUUCCGCGGCCCGUCCAAUCUGCGCCGACGCAAUGGACGAAGACAAGCUGUCCGCCUCAGCUGACAUGGCUGUCAACAAGGGCAAAGAAGACAGCAACUCGCUGUCUCAGCCUGAUAGCAACGUGGACGUGGCCAGCGUCCACGCAGUCACCAUCAUCAGCACAACUACGCGCCGCCGCUCUGGUGGUGGAGGGCGCGGCGGACGCUCACAGGGCGGCGGCGGCUCUCGUUGCCCGCCAAGGACCCCAGCCAUCCCUGUAGUGGCCGCCACGCCUCAUCGCACCGCCUCACGGUUCAUGGGCAGUGCCUCCUCCAGUGAGGAGCAUGCUCGCACUAGCAGCACCCCCUUAUACUUGCCAUUGGCUGCGCCCAUUUGGGCCAGCCCCAACACCACACCUUGCGCACAGCGAGAAGACCGUCGUGACCAGCAGCCCAGCAGUAGUUCCACUCUGGUCGUGAGGUUGGUGGAUGCGCGAACCGCCGACCUGCCCGAACCCUUCUCGCGCCCCACGGCAUGCUUUGCUGGCAGUGUUCAUGAUUCACGAUGGCUUUCCAAAUGCGGAACCAUACAAGACAACAUCGCGUCUUAA